AUGACCGCCGGGAAGAAGCGGCUCGAGGAGUAUCGGAAGAAGCAACAAGCGAAAUCGGGAGGAAGCUCUAAAGGAGGACAGCAAGACAAGGCCAAGAUGCCAUCAACGGCUCCGACGACUCCACAGGGCUCAUCCAAUCAGAGCGCAGCACGGCAAUCCCAAGGCCAGGCUUCAAGCAGCACAAGCGACCUCCCCCAGCUGGGCCUGAGCGUGCAGAUCCAACCUCGAGGCUCCACCACGGUCCAACCAAGAAAACCCAUGCCAAUCCAACCCCGGGAUUCGCUCCAGAGCCAGCCUAGAGAAUCCACGGGCGAGUCGUCAGCCUCUGCAGCGACAGCAGCGACGACAAUGACAGCAGAAUCCGCAGAUUCAGUGGGAACGGCCGUGGGGAGGACGAUUAGCAGCAGCAGCGGCGGCGGGGACGGCGAUUUCAUGACGCCCACAGGCGGCAACACGCCGUCCAGUGCCACCAGCUACGGCUCGGAUUCCUCCUCGGGGGGCUUUGUGCUGCGGCCGUUCGCUGCUGGGCCUCGGGAGUUCCGCACCAUCGCCCAGGGCAUUCUGAAUAAGGUGAACUUGAGCGGCGAGCAGCGGGAGCUGCUAGAGGAGGAGCUGGUGCAGCUGCAGGAGCUGCUAGCUCGCUCCCGAGACGAGGAGGAGAGGCUGCGAGCCAAGCUGCAGGGCGACGAGCAGCAGUGGCAGCAGCAGCUGCGGGAAUCCGCAGCCGCAUUGGCAGGCAAGGAGGAGGAAGCUAGGGUUCUGCUAGAGCGUGUGGAAGAGGGAGAGAGGGAGAGGGAGAGGCUCCGAGCAGAGGCAGAUGCGGCCAGGCUUGAGGCGGCGAGUGCAGGUGAGAAGCUUGCUGCGACCAAGGAUAAGCUGGGAGUGGCAAUUAGGAAGGGGAAGGAGGUUGUGCAGCAGCGGGAGGCGCUGAAAGGGACACUGGCUGAAGAGACUGCUGUGCUGGAACGGUUAAGGGAGGAGCUGGAGCGAGAGAGGGAGGGGAGGAGGGAAGCGUUGAAGGCUGUGGAGGCGAAGGAAGGGGAAGUGGCGGAGGGGAGGCGGAGGGUGGUUGAACUGGAGGGUGAAUUGGAGGCGGGGAGGAAGCGAGUGGAGGAAUUGGAAGCGGCUGUUGCUGCAGCAGAGGGGAAGGCAGCAGGGAUGGCUGAGGAAGGCGGGGAGAAGGUUAGGGAGAUGGAGGAGAGAGUGAGGGAGGCGGAAGAGAGGGCGCGGGUGGCGGAAGAGGAGGUGGGUGAGGUGAGAAGGCAAGUGGCGGAUGGGAGGGAGCGUGCUGUGGAGCUUCUAGGGCAAGUGGCGGAGAGAGAUGCUCUGUUGGCGAGGAAAGGGGAGGAGUUGAGAGAGGUGGAGGGGCGUGAGAGGGAACUGGAACGAAGGGUUGCGGAGGAGAUGGAGAGGAGGAUUGAGGAGGGGAGGGAGGAGGGGAGGAGGGAAGUAGAGAGGGUGUGGGAGGGUAGGGUAGAGGAGGAGAGGAGUAAGGCGGAAGAUGCUCUGAAAGAAAUCGAACCACAGAAAGAGGCGCUCGUGGGUGCUGUAGAGGAUGAGAGGGCGAUGAGGGAAGAAGUGGAAGAGGCUAAGAGGAAGGUGGAAGGAGAGAAGGGAGAGGUGGAGGAGAAAAAGAGGGAGCUGGAAGCAAGAGUAGAGGAUUUACAGGUAAAGCUAGAUACGAUGAAUUUACAGGCUAAGGGCUGGGAGGAGCAGGUGGAGGGGCUUAAAGCCGAGGUUGUGGGUUGGGAGGAGAGGUUUGCUGGUCGGGAGCGGGAGUUUGCAGGUUCGGCUGCCGAAGCUGAGGCACGGUUGGAAGAGGUUCGGCAGGAGCUGGAGGGGAUGAGAGGGAGGGAGCAGGAGUGGGAAGGGAGGGUUGAGGUGGUGGAGGAGAGAGUGCGGGAGGGUGAGAGAGCGUUGCAGGAGAGUGAGAGGCUGUUGCAGGAGGAGAGGGAGAAAAGGGAGGGACUUCAGAGGGAACUUAGGGAGAUGGAAGCGAGAACAAAUGAGGCUCAAGUACGGUUUACGGAGGCUGAAGAACGAGUUAAGGAAACUGAAGCAAGAGCUGAAGAGGCGUUGCUGCUGCAGAAGCAGGCUGAGAUCGAGGGGCUUUUGGUGGCAAAGGGACGGGAGUUCCUGGAGCUGAAAGAUUUGCUUGGGAGGCUGCAGGGGGAGAGGGAGAGGUGGGAGGAGGAGCAGGGGAGGGUGGAGGAGAGUGAGGGGCAGUUACAGGAGCAGGUGGAGGCGGAGAGGAGGAAAGUGGCCGGGUUGAGAGAGGAGAGGGAGCAGCUUCGGAAGAGGGUGGCGGGAUUGGAAGAGGAAGUGGGGCAGGUGCAGGAAGAGGUGGAAGCAGAGAGGCGGAAGGUGGAGGAGUUGAGAGGGAGUUUGGAGGAGGAGGAGAGGCGGAGUGGGGAGAUGCUGGGUGAGUUGCAGGCUGUGGCGGAGGGGAGGGAGGAGGAGAGGAGGCAAGUGGCGGGUCUGACAGAGGAGAAGGAGCAGCUGCAAAAGAGGGUGGAGGGUUUGGAGGAGGAAGUGAGGCAGGUGCAGAGCAAGAUGGUGGAGGUGGAGGAGGAGAAGGGGCAGCUGCAGAGGAGGGUGGAAGGGCUGGAAGGGGAGGUGGAGCAGCUGCUGCAGAAGGUGCAGGCUGCAGAGCGAAAGGACGUGGUCACUCUCGCGAAGGUAGUUGCAAGCGAGACAGCCGCAGAGGAAGCAACCAAGCAGCUUCAAUCAGUCCAAUCCGCCCUCGAGGCAAAGCAAGCGGAGCUGGCUUCCCUGCGGCAGCAAGCAGAGGAGCUGGAAGAAACCCUAGAGCAGCGCGAGACAGAGCUCGAAUCCCUGAAAACCGACAUUUCAGCGCGAGAGAUGAUCUGGCGUGCGUCGCAAGAUGCAGAGGCGAAAGCAGCAGAGGAUGCUAUUGCGGUGGAAGCGGCUGCUGCACGGGAGAUGGCGGAGAGAGAGAGGGAUCAGGUGAAGGAGGAAGCUGAGGCGGAAGUGGCAGCGUUGAGGAAGGUUCUGGGAAUGCGGGAGUCGCAGCUGGAGAAGCUGCAGGCUCGGGUGGCCGAGGCUGAGGAGGUGGUUCGGGAGCUGGAGGAGGUUCGGUUGGAGCUUGAGAAGGCUCAGGGGGAGGUGGUUAGGAGUGAGGAGAAUGAUAGGGUGAGAGGAGAGAGCGAUAGGUUGAAAGAGGAGGCUGGCCGGUUGAGAGAUGAGGCUAGAAGAUUGGAGGAAGAGGUGAAAGGGCGUGACGAGGAGAUUAGUAGGCUGAAAGAGGAGGUUCUAAAGGUAAGUGCAAGUGCAGGAGCUGACGGGGAGAGGGAGCGACUGGAGCAGGAGGUAGAGCGGCUGAAUAGGGAGGUAGAGCAGAAGGGGGCAUUGCUGAAGGUCGCUGAAGAUGCAAGGGCAGCAGCAGAGGCGAAGAACACGAGUCUGGUGAAAAAGGCGAAGGAGAGAAUAGAAGGCAUGAAGCAAAAGGUUGUGGUGGAGGCCCAGGCUGCUGCAGACGCGAGAGCCGAGGUUGAUCGAUUGAAGCAGCUUCUGGAAGGGGGAGAGGGCGGAGGGCGAGGAAGGGGAGGAGAGGGAGGAGGGGGUGGGGCAGGGGAGAAAGGAGCAGAGGCGAAGGCUUCAGAUGGUGGGGACGCGGCCGAGAUGGAGGGGCUUCGUGCUAAAGUCUCUCUCCUUGAAACGGAGUUGUCUCAGUUGAAGCAAGGGGAGGGGAACGGGGCAGGAGCAGGGGGAGAAGGAGCAGCAGGGGCGGCACCAGCGGCAGCAUCAGCGGCAGCGGCAGAGGCAGCAGCGGAGGGGGAGAGGUUGAGGGAGUCACUGAAGCAGGCACAGGAGCAGGUGGCAGCGGUGAGGGAGAAGCUGAGCAAGGCUGUGCGUAAGGGCAAGGCGAUCGAACAGCAGAAGCUGAAGCUAGAGGCAGACCUCGCUGCUGCCCGGGCUGAGAUUGACGCUCUUAGGGCGAGCAUUGGGGUAGGAACAGGGGCAGAAGCAGGGACAGGGGCAGGAACAGGGGUAGGGGCAGCAGCAGUGGCAGCGGCUGGGGCGGCAGCAGGAGCAGCGGCAGAGGCAGGGGCAGGUGUAGCAGCAGGAGAGAAGGUAGAUGAGCUAAGAGAACUGUUGAGAGAGGCAGAAGAGGCGAGGAGGAAGGAGGGAGAGGCGAGGCAGAGAGAGGAGGAGGGGAGGAGGAGAGAGGAGGAGGCGAGGAGGAAGGCUGAGGAGAGGCUGAAAGAGACAGUGGCGAUGAUGGAAGGAGUGACAGAUGCUCUUGCGGGGAGAGAGAAGGAGUGUGAGGAGCUAAGUAACGAACUUGCUGAGCUAAGAAAGUCUCUUAGCAGCGCUCAGGAGGAGGUUGCCAGGCUGAUGGGGGAGGUGGAUAGGUUGGAGGAUGAGGGUGGGAGGGAGAGGGCGGAAGCAGAUGAGAGACUGGAGAAGGUGAAGAGGGAGAGUGAAGAGAUGGAGGGCUUUAAGAAUGGGAAAAUAGCGGAGGUGGAAGAGAUGUUGGCUAUAGUAGAAACGGAUCUUGCUGUAGCGAGGCGGAGAGUUGAGGAGCUGGAGGGGGAGAAAGGGGAGGUAGAGAGGGGGAGGGAGGAGAGGGAGAGGCGCGUGAGGGAGUUGGAAGAGGAAGUGGGGAGGUUGGGAGAGGAGGGGAGGGGAUGGGAGUUGGAGCUGGAGAGAGUGAGGGAGGAAGUGAGGGAGUGGAGGGGAGUGGCUGAGGAGAGGGGUAAGGAUGUGGAGGGGAUGAGGAGGGAAGUGGAGGAGGCGAGAGAAGAGAGGGAGGAGAGAGGGAGGGUCUUGGUGGGACUGGAGGAGAGAGUGAGGGAGUUGCAGGGGGAGUUGGAGGAGGAGAGGAGGAGGCAGGAGGAAGCGAAUAGGAAUCUGGUGGAGGUACAGAGGGGUUUGGAUGAGGAGUGGGAGGCGAGGAGAGUGGCGGAAGCUGAGCUGGAUAGUGUACGUUCUGAGCUGGCAAAUGGUCGUGAUGAGCUGGCGAGUGUCCGUGCUGAGCUGGCAGCGGCUGGUCGUGGUGAGGAGAGGAAGGAUGAAGGUGAGACAGGAGGCAGUGGGGAGGAUGAGGAUUCAGUUGCUGUGAAGGAGAGAGUGGGGGAGUUAGAGGAGAGAGUGAGGGAGGAGGAGAAGAGAGUGAAGGAAGAGGGGGAGAGAGUGAGGUUGCAGGAGGAGAGAGUGAGGGAGAAAGAGGAGAAAGUGAGAGAGGAGGCGGAGAGAGUGAGGGAGGAGGGAGAGAGAGCGAAGGAGUUGGAAGUGAGGGUGGCAACAUUGGAGGGUGAAGUAGCAGAGCUACAGAUGCAGCUAGAAAAGGAAAGGGAGGAACAGAAUAAGACCAAGGAACAGCUUGAGGCAGAGAAGGAGCGAGCUUGUAACGAGUCUGAGGAGCAAAGGGAGCAGGUGUCUCAACUGAGGAGUGCUCUCUUGGAGCUUGAGAGAGAGAGGGAUGCGUGGGUGGUUGAACGAGAUGCUCUUGUUGCAGCAGAGCGGCAGGUGCAGGAAGAGAAGCGGGGUUUGGAGGAGCUGGGAGCGGUGCUGAGGGGUCGGAUUCAAGAGGUGGAGGCAGAGAGGGAUGGGUUGCAGGGAAUUGUUGGUCAGCUGGAAGGGGAGAAGGGCGGGUUGCAGGAAGCAGUGGAGCGUUUGGAAGGGGAGAAGGAGAGACUAGAAGGGGACAAGGAGCGUCUGGAAGGAGAGAGGGCUGGUUUGCUGGCUGAAGUUUCUCGUUUAACAGCAGAAAAGGAGGGGGUUGAGGAGGAGGGAGAGCGGUUGCGAGAGGUAUUGGAAGAAGAGAGGAGGAGAGGGGAGAGUGAGAGGGAGGAAGCUGAGGAGAGGGGGAGGAGAGUCGGUGAGUUGGAAAGAGUGGUUGAGGCCAUGAGAGGUGAGAUGGACGAGAUGAGAAGGGAAAACGAGAGGGAGAGGGAGAGGAGGGAAAGGAAGGAGGGAGAGGAGGUGGCUAGGGUGGAAGCGGAUUGGAGCGAAAAGGAGAGGAGGGUAGAUGAUUUGGAGCGAGCUUUGCAAGAGAAGGAAGGCGAGAUGGCGAGGCUGGCAAGGGAGGUGCGGGAAAAGGAGCUGAUGAUUGAGGAGUUGAGAGGGCAGGUUGGGGAGAGGGACGGGGAGAUUGAGAGGCUGAGGAACGAGGUGGGAGAGAAGGAAUCGAUGUUGGAGGAGUUGAGAGGGCAAGUUGGGGAGAUUGAGAAGUUGAGGAGUGAGCUUGGGGAGAGGGAAGGGGAGGUAGAGAGGCUGAGGCGGGAGGUUGGGGAGAAGGAGGUGGCAGUGGCGUCGGUGGCAGCGGCACGGAGCAAGGCGGUGGAGAAGCUGAAGAUGAUGGUUGAUAAGCUCAAGGAGGUGCAAGCACAGUCCGAGGCAGUGGUGCAGGAGGCAGAGAUGAGACUGGAGGAGAAGGACCGGGAGAUGGAGGAGCGGCUGAGGGAGAAGGACGCAGAGCUGCAGGGGGUGUGGGACCGACUAAGAUUGAUUGAGGCUCAAUUGGGAGGGAUUGCAGACGGCAGUGCCCCUGCUCCUGCUGCCCUUACUGCUGUCCCGGCCGGUGCUGUGUCUGGUUUCUCUGGGGAUCAGGCAGCUGAUGCUGCUGCUGCUGCAACUGGUGCUGGCGCUGGUGCAAGUGUUGGUAGUGAUGCUGCGGCAGGUGGUGAGGGGGAGAGCAUCACUUCUGGUGCAGCCGCGUGGCAGGAAGCUGUUGCUUUGGCGCCACAGCAGCAGAAGUCUGGGACAAACGCUGGUCUUCCUGACGUGGCAGAGAAGGAUGCUGAGCUGGCAAGGCUACGCAGUGAGGUGGCAGCGGCAGGAGAGGCGGUGAGGGCACUGGAGGGGCAACUGGAGGCGGCAAGGAGAGAGGCAGACGACCUGAAGCGCAAGGCAGGCUCAUCACCGCUGCCCUCUUCCUCCUCCUCCUCACAAUUAGCAUCAGCAUCGGCAUCAGCGUCCACGCUCCUACCAGUCACCAUACAGCGGAAGGCAGCACCUGGGGGAGGUGCAUCUGACACGUCAGCAGAGUACCUGCCUCUGCUGGCGCAGCAGCUCGCCACAUCAUCGUCCGCCUCGCUGGCGGGCCACACGGCACUGCAGAUCGCUGACUCGUACCCCGACGAUGAAGUGCACGGGUUCAAGUCGAUUGUCAGUGCCUUCCGCUUCCUGCCAUCCUUCCUGCACCCAGCCGCCAAGGGCAUCGACCGCCUAUGUGUGGCGGGAGGCCAGUCACUGAUGGCGCGGCCCAUGAUGCGCCUGCUGCUCGUGCUCUACUGGUUGGCCAUGCAUGCUGCCAUGCUCGCCAUGCUUGCUGCCCUCACCGUCGGCUGA